GGCGGUGCCAGGCCGCGGGUCCUCAGUCAAGUGACACCCGGCGGCUGCCCGGGCGCUGACUGUGGAGCCAGGAGGCCGGAGGGUGGAUAUGCCGGGGGUCGUUCGCAUCCUCUCCCUGCUGCUGGUGCCGCUGCUGCUGGGCUCUGCGCGUGGCUUGCACAACGCCUCCCAGAGGACUUUCGAGAUCGACUACGGCCACAACUGCUUCCUCAAGGAUGGCCAGCCCUUCCGCUACAUCUCGGGAAGCAUUCACUAUUUCCGCGUGCCUCGUUUCUACUGGAAGGACCGGCUGCUGAAGAUGAAGAUGGCUGGGUUGAAUGCCAUCCAGACGUAUGUGGCCUGGAACUUCCACGAGCCCCAGCCAGGACGGUACGAGUUCACUGGGGACCAUGACGUGGAGCAUUUUAUUCAGCUGGCACAUGAGCUGGGACUGCUGGUCAUCCUGAGGCCUGGACCUUACAUCUGUGCGGAGUGGGACAUGGGAGGAUUACCUGCUUGGCUACUAGAGAAAGAAUCUAUUGUUCUCCGUUCUUGUGAUCCAGAUUACCUUGCAGCUGUGGACAAGUGGUUGGGAGUCCUUCUGCCCAAGAUGAGGCCCCUCCUCUAUCAGAAUGGAGGGCCGAUUAUAACAGUGCAGGUUGAAAAUGAAUAUGGCAGCUACUAUACCUGUGAUUACAACUACCUGCGUUUCCUGCAGAAGCGUUUCCAGUACCAUCUGGGUGAGGACGUGCUUCUGUUCACCACGGACGGGGUGCAUGAGAGGCUCCUGCAGUGCGGGGCAUUGCAGGGGCUCUAUGCCACCGUGGACUUCGGAGCAGGUGUCAACAUCACAGCUGCUUUCCUAAUCCAGAGGAAGAGUGAACCCAAAGGACCCUUGGUCAAUUCUGAAUUCUACACUGGCUGGUUAGACCACUGGGGCCAACCUCACUCAACAGUCAAGACUGAAGUGGUGGCUUCCUCCCUUCACGAUAUUCUUUCCCGAGGGGCCAGUGUGAACAUGUACAUGUUUAUAGGUGGCACCAAUUUUGCCUAUUGGAAUGGGGCCAACACGCCCUACCAAGCACAGCCCACCAGCUACGACUAUGAUGCCCCCCUGAGCGAGGCCGGGGACCUCAGUGAGAAGUAUUUUGCUGUGCGGGAUGUUAUUCAGCAGUUUGAAAAAGUACCGGAAGGCCCUAUCCCUCCAUCCACACCAAAGUUUGCAUAUGGAAAAGUUGGUCUGAAAAAGUUAAAGACAGUGGAGGAAGCUCUCAACCUUCUGUGUCCCUCUGGACCCGUAAAAAGCGUUUAUCCCUUGACAUUUAUCCAGGUGAAACAGUACUUCGGGUUUGUGCUGUACCGAACAACACUUCCUCAAGACUGCAGCGACCCGACACCCCUCUCUUCGCCCUUCAAUGGCGUCCACGAUCGGGCCUACGUCUCUGUGGAUGGGGUCCCCCACGGAGUCCUUGAGCGAGAUAUUGUGAUCACCCUGAACAUAACAGGGAAAGCUGGAGCCACCCUGGACCUCCUGGUGGAGAACAUGGGGCGUGUGAACUACGGCAGUUCUAUCAACGAUUUUAAGGGUCUUAUUUCUAACCUGACCCUUGCUUCCAAAAUCCUCACCGACUGGGAGAUCUUCCCACUGGACAUGGAGGAUGCAGUAUGCAACCACCUGGGGACCUGGGAUGGCCAUGACAGCGGCUGUGCCCACAGCGCAUCUGACUACACACUCCCGGCCUUUUAUGUGGCUAAUUUCUCUAUUCCCAGUGGGAUCCCAGACUUUCCCCAGGACACCUUUAUCCAGUUUUCCGGAUGGACCAAGGGUCAGGUGUGGAUUAAUGGCUUUAACCUUGGCCGCUAUUGGCCAGCACGGGGCCCCCAGAUGACCUUGUUCGUGCCGCAGCACAUCCUGGUGACCUCGGCCCCAAACACCAUCAUCGUGCUGGAGCUAGAGCGUGCGCCCUGUGGGCAUGGUGGCCCAGAACUGUGCACCGUGGAGUUCGUGGACAGGCCGGUGAUCGGUGCAGUGAAGACCCACAGCCAUGUCCCUGCAGACCAACACCAAGACUCAUGGCUGGACCGUGUGUGAUGACAAGGACUGUGACCCUUUGGAAUUCUAGCCUUGCUCAUACCUCACAUGCCCCUCGGAAGGUCAACAUUCACUGGAGAGUUUGAUUGGAAAAUAGAUUAGGUGUGUUCUCACCUGAGGUUUCUGACGGUGCCUGACGCACCCCCGUCUGGCUGCGUGGACAUAGGGUGAGGGUGGCAGCCCAGCAACACACAGAGGCAUCUGCAGAGUUGGAAUGGAAGCGUUCAAUGUGUUUCCGAUUUUUAUUUUGUACAAAUCAUGUAGUCUUUUUAUUAAAUAAAAUUUGUAUUCAAAUGA